UCUUGACUCAGGACCGCUGUAUAGUAUUUAAUCAAAAGCUCGUUAUUCUUUCUUAUUCCAAAUCCGUGGUGGAAGACAAGGGGCCAAAAGCUGAUCCCGGGAUUUCCUCACCCUCGGCAGAGGACUCGGGUCAAGCGGAAAGGUGGGAUGGAGGAUUGGCAAAGGCGAAAGACGGCGGAACAAGUGGAUCAUGCGUAUCCGUGCAAGGGCAAAAGCGCAGCCGCUGUCGUGCUCGUUGUCCAGCAGCGUAUCUGGUGAUUUUUUCCUAUAUCGAUGCUCAUUCGUGUCCUUCGCUUACCGCGAGCGCGACCCUUCCACUAUGUUUGAACGGUACAGCACAUACUCAGACAUUCGCAGAGACGGGUCGGCAUUCAGAUCUCCGGAGUUGGUUUCUUUCUGUCUCCUACAUCAUGUUGUUAUCCUUUUGCGUUGCGGAUCUUCUGUUGUCGAUAUCCCCCCCUCGUUCGUACUAAGCGUACCAUGCUAUACCAUCGUCGUUACGUGUCACGCAGCCCGCAGAAAGGGAAAACGAACCAGGCGGCCAUAUUGUUGUUUCCAAGCGACUUGGAUUCAUGACGCCGUAGGUGGGAUUCCUGGCGUGGUAGUUGUCAUUAUCAUUGUCGUUAAGCUAGGCGAUGGAGGAACCCUCCCAUAUUCUAUCGAUAUUCAUGGCGGACCUGUUAAUAAUCCAGUUUUCUCUCCUCUCGGGGCGGCACCAUACGCCGUCAAGCGGAACGUGAUUGCGCCAGGCUCGUGGGAAGCCGAUCCCUCCGAGAUGAGAUGGUUACAGGCCGGGGUGUGUAAAGUAUGGCUUUGUCCUCAGGACUGGUGUCUCGCUCGCCUGGCGGUUUAUAAGGCGUGGGAUCGGCACUAGAAGAGAGAGUUCAGCCCCUGCGUAGACGAAACGGCCGGGUUGAUAAGUGGAAUUGAUAUCUACGACAUCCUUGGAAAACCCCAACAACUAGGUUGCCAGCCGACACAUCCACCCUAUAUAUACUGUGAUAGCGCGCAGAACCGAGGGUCCUGAUAUAGAGAUGAGAAGACGUCGGGAUCCGUGUUUCAGCUUUCAGCCG